CUAUUAACUCCUUCAUCCGCCCUUCUCCUCCUCUUCUCUUCUCUUCUUCCUCCACUCAUCUCACCUCUCCCUUCUUCGUCUGCCUUCAUCUUGCUACAUACAGACACCAACUACAUCAUAGUUGCUCACCCACUAGCUGCUCUCCAGCUCUAUCGCACCACCACCACCACCACAAUGGCCGAGACGGAAAACACCCUCUCCAAGGUCGAUUCUCUCGUAGAAGAGCCGCCAAAGGACGCAAAGCCCGCCAAGCGAAGAGGCAGCUCUCUGCAUGCUGAUGUCUUCAACAUGGCUGAUCUGGAGAAGGAAAACAAGGAGAUCAAGAUCGCUCCCGAGACCCAGAAGCUGAACUGGAAGCUCAACACCUCCCCCGCGACUCUCGAGGACAAGGACAUCCUCAAGAAGCCGCUCUGCUUACCACUGGUGCGGAAGAUUGAUCUCCACUUCCCACUCGGUCUUGAGGUUACUGCGCGCAACCUCAAGGGUGUCACCAUCAAGGACGCGCUGGAUGCCAUCUACAAGCAGUUCAAGAAGAAGCAAGAUGACGAACUCGAGUUGCCCGUCCUCGCUGGCUUCGAGUGGGACCCAUCAGAGUGCUACACCCGCUUCGUCGUGCACCAGAAGAAAGAAGGUGCCCCCGCCCCUUCCAAGAAGAAGAAGAAGGGCGGCAACACCGACGAGUAGUGAAUGACUCGCCCCCUUGCUUCCCUUCAACUCGACUUCUAACACGGCCUCCCGAAGGAAUACCCUGACAUCUUGUACUGUGCUCUCUGCAACGGUGUAACAUGUUUGUGUUUUUUCUGUCGGGCGCGCCCGGGUGUGAUUCCGACAGGGAAGAGCGAGGCUCUUGUUCUGCUGCGGAUGGCGAUGUCAUGAAACGGUCCUGGCUUGCUGCGGAUCUGGUAUGCUGUGCGAGGUUUUUUGUGGUUUGGCCUGGUCUGCUGAUGCUAUGGCUCAUCUCUAGCGGUGGGAAAGAGGCCCUGCUGGGGAGAACACUGCUUUUUGGGCU